AUGAAUACAACCUUAAUACUUUACUGUUAUUUUUUACUUUUACUACUUUUUUAUAAAACUGAAGGAGCUGAUCCUUUAGAAUCAUUAAUUAGAAAUGGAUGGUUGAUGAUUCGAGACUACGGCGAAAAAGUGAUAACGAAUAUUGCAAUACCAAGAACUUCUGAUGUUCCGGAUGGAGUUUCAACUGCAUUUCAAUUAGAUCCUAAUAAGAAAAAGGCACUGGACACUAUUGCGCAGAUGAUGAACACUUGUCCAAGAGGAUUUCCAAUUCAAGAUAUCAAAGGCUUGUGGCAUGUGACAAGAAUCAGCAAACGAAUGUUGCAUACUACUUUUGUGGAUAUUCAUGAAGUAGGCUUAAUGCCUCUAAAAGCUAUUGAAAAGCUGUCGAGUGGUUUGUCGAUAGGCUCAAGAAAAUCAUUAUUUUCAUUGUUCAAAAGUGAUCCAGUUAUGAGAUGCUUUCAAAUGACAGUUCUCAACGACUCAACUUCUUCACCAUUCGAAUUCUCCUAUCUCUCCACCGACAGCCAACGAAAAUCAAUAAUUGGUCAUGUAUCCCGUGCCUCUUCCACACAACUAACUCUCCAUCUCGCAUCCAUAAUAGACAUUCCAUUUCUAGUUGUUCAGGCCUCACCGACUUUCCUGAUUCUCUCUCAAACUGAUACUAUUCCAACUUCAUGUGAAAGUUUCCUAGUUCUCGAGAGAAAUCCUACAACUACUGUAUCAUUAGAAACGUCACAAGCUCUUUCAGAACUCGGUGCAAACUCUGCAUCGAAUCCAAUUAUAUCUAUGAAUAGUUGUAAUGAUCUUCCUUCCAAAAUACCGUCAGAGUCUAACUCUAUAAUUAAACCAGCUUCCCAAGUGAACCGAUUGAAAUUGAAAAAAUUUAUACUAUAAUUUUCUUUUGUUGCUUCAUAGUCCUGAGGAUGCAUUCUUCCAAAUCUUCAUGAUUUCCUUAAAGAAUCUGUGGUAUAUUUAUAUGAAAAUUAUUUUU